AUGUCAUUCGCUAAUUUUGAUUAUGAAGCACAAAAGCCGUUGAAGAAAGAUCUGGGGGUAGUUCCCGAAGAUGAAAUGAGUUCGCUGAACGAAUUGGAUAAGAUUAUCAAUAACACAUCUAAGCAACUUGAACUGUUUGGCAGUUUAAUAUCACAAUUUGAUUUACAACGUAAACAAAUCGGAACAAGAAGAGAUAAUACUCAAUUAAGAGAUAAUCUUGAUCAAAUCAUUGUUAGAGUAUCUCAAAUGGAAUCUGCAAUUCAUGUUUUAAUUGAAAAUAUUUCUUUUGUGAUUAAUCGUAGUCAAAGGCAUGGGGUCAAUACCACCACAAAAGAUGAAGCCUCUAAAUUGAUAAUAACCAAUCGACAAGUGGUGGUCAAGGAGCGUCUAGAGUCUGAGCUCAGUGACUUGCAUAAGCAAUUCCAGGUGAUGACAAGAAGCUAUAAAGAAAAGAAACGUUCAUACCCUAUAAAGGAACACCCAAUUGCCACCACUGCUAAUAUUCCAUCGGAGACAACACCAUUAAUACUGGACCAGUCACAAACACUACAACAGCAACAACAACAACAGAUACAAGAAGAGGAGAUUAAUGAGACGGAAUUACAAUAUCAUCUUAUGUUAACAGAAGAGCGUAAUCAAGAGAUUGGUCAGAUAAAUGAAGGGAUUUUGGAGAUAAAUUCUAUAUUCAAGGACUUGGGAGAGUUGGUAAACCAACAAGGAGAGCAAUUGGACACAAUAGAGGACAAUAUUUUACAAUUACAUGGAAACUCCCAGCAGGCUGAGAGUGAGUUGGUGAAGGCAAAUGAGUACCAAAGAAAGAAGGGGAAGUGGAGCUGUAUAAUACUCGUAGCAUUAUGUGUCUUUGUUCUUGUUAUAGUUCUUGCUGUUAUCAGUUGA